AUGACAGUCAGAGGCUUGAGGAGGAUGGGGGAGUCUCAAACUGCUGACGUCCCCCACGCUCUGGACAGGGCCCUAAUUGAUCACUCGUCCAGGAGCAAAGAGGAUAGAGAAAAGGAGAAAGAGGGGGGAGGGUUAAUGGGGGGGGGGAUGGUGGGCCCGUCCCGAGUAAUUCAUCCGAUUUAUGAGGGACAGAGACUGGAGCGAUGGGGCGCCAGAUCCAGACCGCAAUCAGAGGCCAGGGCACUGAAUCACGGCACGCAAAGAGCCACGACCGGAAUAAACAAAAAUUAG